CUAGGCUGAUAAACUCCAUAGACCACUGGCCUCGUCUACUAAAUAUAAAUCGGUCUAGUUAAGAGUGUAGUUAGUGGUUUCUGAUAACAAUCACGCUACCCAAAUACAUAGAUCUCCAAUUAUAUUUUAUUUUGUUCCAGGCAAAGAAAAGGUGUAGAAUCGCGCUUCAACACAAUGGCUAAUAUAGAUUUAAUUGACGAUUCUCAAGGUUUCGUUCUCAACGAUCCGUCGGAAUAUCGACCAGAAGUGAAGGAUAAAUCCAAAUAUCGCGAUUUCCGAAUUCAUAACAUUCCUGAUUAUGUGGAGAAAACAUACACAAAUAUGCACACUUCACAGACUUUAGAAUUCUCCACACAGAAAUUAAAGGAUUGGUGCAAGUUGGAUAAAGCAGAAAUGAACAUUAUGGAUGCACUUGAUAUGUUAAAUGAACUAGUGGACGAAAGUGAUCCGGAUGCAGAUUUCCCAAAUUCUUACCAUGCUUAUCAAACAGCCGAGGGAAUCCGAAAACAUCACCCGGAUAAAGACUGGUUCCAUUUGGUCGGACUCAUCCACGACCUAGGAAAAGUUAUGGCUAUUUGGGGAGAACCUCAGUGGGCUGUUGUUGGUGACACUUUUCCUGUAGGAUGUUGUCCAGCACCGUCGAUAGUUUUCGGCAUAGACAGCUUCAAAGACAACCCGGAUAUGCUAGACGAGAAGUUGGCUUCAGAACUGGGAAUUUAUGAUGAACACUGUGGAUUGGACAAUGUUGUUAUGUCCUGGGGUCAUGAUGAAUAUCUUUACAGGGUGUUGAAGGGGAAUAAUUGCAAGAUACCAGAAGAAGGUCUUUACAUGAUCCGAUUUCAUUCAUUUUACCCAUGGCAUACAGGUGGCGAUUAUGAAUAUUUAUGUAACAACAAAGAUACCGAAAUGAAAGCCUGGGUAAACGAGUUUAAUCAGUUUGAUCUUUACACAAAGAGUCCCGAUUUCCCAGACGUCGAAGAAAUUAAGCCGUAUUACGAGGCUUUAAUUGAGAAAUACAUCCCGGGAAAAUUAAAAUGGUAAAAGUUGCCGUUAAGGCAAAUAAAACCAAUAUAUGGUUAAAAUAAAAAUAUUAAUUCUUUCUAUUAUCAUGACCCACAAUGAAUUUAAAAUCGUAAUAUUAGAAUUGUAUUUAGAUAUUAGUUUAAUACCCAAUUCUCCAAUCCAUGAUUCUUUUUAUAAUAUUUAAUAGAAUUUACAGCGAUUUCAAAAUUCUGACCACCGAUAACUAGAACCCCAACUCCUGUUCACUGCAUUUAUCAGGUAUCUUUCGUUCCGUAGCAUCGAAGAUGUCCCCUCAGAAAUGUACACUCGUGAGACUAGGAAGCUGGAGUUAGACAUUUGUAAGGUUUAACCAUGGUCCGUAUAUGGUCCAUGGUUUAACUUUCAUCAUGGAUUUCCCCUUUAUCCACUACUAUAUUAGCAACUGUAAUAGUUGACCAAAAGAAAGGUUAAAUUACCAUCGUAUCAAUGGAUUGGUUGCAAGUUGAUCAAAAAGUUUUCUUAUUUCGUGCAGUUGGUCGUAUUUGCCGUUGGCCCUGUUCGCUUUCCAUAUUUUUUUUUUAGAUUCACAAUGCGACAAGCGUUAUUGAUUGAACGGACGACUUAGCCGUAGUGGGCGUCUCUUCCAUUACCUGACAACAUAUCUUUGAAUUAUUUGCUCAAUUUCUUGCUGCACAUUAUGUUCAAGUUACUUGGAUACGUGUGAGACUAUGGGUUGCUGAUUUUUUAUUCAGGGGAUCUCAGGGGAUUAUUUGGAGGGAUAAAAUUGUUUACGUUAUUUUUCGUUUUAUACAGUGAUAUUGUAUUCUAAAUGCAUUGGCUAACAGCCUCAUCCACGUCCAGUGGUCAUUUACUGUUUGUUCAGUGAUAUUUGACUUGUUAACGUUUAAUAUCUUUUUUCUUGGACACAUUAGUUCCAUAUUAUAUAUUCUCAGCUCCUGGCGUGCUAACUUUACAAAUCGUAUGUCCGGAAAAGGGUGUUAUUGAUUGGCUUGGCUGCUAUUAACAACAACCCAAACAACGUAGCAUAUUAACUUACAGGCACCGUGUGCAGCGGUACCCACUGACGAGACAAAUAGAUAUAAAAUGUCUGAUUCAAGUUCGGUUCAAACAUGUUCAAAAAGAAAAAUUUCAGUGCGGUGUUGACCAAAUCAUAUCAUGCUCCCUUCAAAAAACUUACAUUUUUCAGCAUGUCUUAUCACUUGUGAAUUUGAAAUCCCUCUAGAUGCGUUUUUUUAACGGCAAGGUCAUAUUUUAAGUAAUCCGUUAAAUCAGAUGCAGUGUCAUAAAUGUCUAGGCAUAUAUAUUUCUGAGCCCAACACGCUCGCAGUUGAGAAUGUAAAUAAUAGGGUACCCGAAUGCAUCGAGUAUUUGUUGACUGCCCCCCUUUUCUUGUAGUACAAUUUACAUAGGAGUGUGCAUUUAUCUAGUAUAUAAACUAUAUUUAAUAUUCACAGAGAUAGAACUAUUUACAUAUUACAUUUUUUAUCCAUUUAAUAUCACGUUUUAUAUGUUAAAAAUUCCUUCAACGUUAGAUUGUAAACAAUUUCAUUAUAACUAUGUUAGUUAUUAUAUCAUCUGUAUUUUAAACAGAGGUUAUUGUGGAUAUUAUGUUUUUAAUAAUAUCAAGAUUUGUUGUGGAUAUUGCGUUUUUAAUAAUAUCACGAUUUCUUUAUUAUUUUAAGAAUAUUAAAUUAAUUGACUAUAUUAGUCAGAUAUCUUUUGUAUGUUUGUCUGAACGUAUAAUACAUUAUCGAGUAAUGCAAUAAAAUAUAUUUGAUACA